UCUCAUGAAAAGUAUUUUGUUUUUUUUACCACUAGUAACAUUUUUUGUGGUCUUCGAUUGUGUUGUUGCAUCAUCGAUUUUAGGCACAAUGUCUGACAAGCUGAUCCCUGUUGUCAAGGCCGAGGAGGCUGAAGAAGAGAUGGUGGACCCUCAGACUCAACUGAGGGAAGAAUGUUCGCAAAAGGCAGAUGCUCAAAACAUGUGGGGCAAAUAUCAGGAAUGCAAUGACCGUGUAAACUCUCGGUCCAAGACCACCGAGACUUGUGAAGAGGAACUCAUUGACUACCUCCAUGUCCUCGACAAAUGUGUUACCAAAGACCUCUUCAACAGGCUAAAGUAAACUAAUAAAACUACAAUAGUUGUAUUCUACCCAUGGUUGAAAGAGAGCGGAGGCUAAUGAUCAGAAUUGCAUCUGUAUGGAUUAGUUUAUAUGUUGGGUGGAAUCUUAGUGCUUUUAGUAAAUUAUUUACCCACUCUUUGUGUGAGAAACGGCCGGUGUUAAUGUUAUUGUUUAUUUGUAAAUAAAUAUCUACAGUUCA